UUCGUACGGUCGUAUGUGGCCUUUAGUCGUCUCGACGGUCGAGAAGAGGCCGUACGCGAUCUUAGCUAGUCAGUCCGUGCGUGUUCGUGAACGGAAUUUGAAUGCACGUCAAAGAUGCAUCUCAAAACAAGACGUUUGGGAUUGUGUUGGAUAACAAUAGCGUUGCUCAUCGGUCUUCUGAUCGAUGCCUCUGGCGGUGUUUGGAAGAGACGGGAGGAUAAGAUCAAGUGUCCAAAAGUGAAGGGUAUACGCAACUUUGACAUAUCCGAGUUUCUCGGAUUAUGGUACAUAGUACAGUACUAUGCAAGCUCAGAGGAGGCUCUUGUAUACAGAUGUAUGCGAGCCGAGCUCUCGGUUUCGCCCGAAAACGCCGAAGUUACCAUGAAUUUCACUUACAGCUUUACCGAUGACCCUAUUAAUGAGCUACUCAUUGGUAACAUCACAUGGAAAAUUCCUUCGUCGGACUUACCUGCUCAUUGGGUACACGCUGAGUUUCCGUAUGAAGGAGUCUACAAUACGUAUGUGUUAGAUUCAGAUUAUAAAUCCUGGGCCUUACUAAUGCAUUGUGCUGAGAAGAGCAAAAGUCCACGAUAUUUAUCGAGCUUUAUCAUGAGUCGCGAAGAGAGCCUUGGGGCAAACGUCAUUUCUUAUCUUCGAGAGAAGCUGCCUAGAUAUGAUAUCGAUUUGGAAUACAUGUUUUCUAUGGACCAAACACAGUGCAAUAAAACCGACAGUUUGGAAGAUAUGCUUAUACCGGCGUCGAUGCCAGCCAAAAGAGGCUACGUCAACAGAAGACACCCGUUAAAACGGAAACAUAGACGUCAUUUACAAAAAAAUAAAGAUAUAGAUAAUGUAAAGAAAAAUAAAAAAUAAAA